CUCAUCGAGUGACGGGUUAAACAUUUUUCUGAGAGCUAUUUGUGGCCUCUGCCGCUUUGCACGGCACAUAGAGAACAGCAUGGAGACGCUUCUCUUUCUAUUUCCUCAAUUCAACUACAUGGCCCCAAAGGAGGAAGCAUAUUUCAAAAUGCUUGGUCCAGAAGACUUGCGAGCACCAAAGAUGAAGGACGACAGCAGCAGACAGAAAGACAAGGAGAGGAAGAGCCGACUCAGCCUUUUUCUCACCAAGUCGGGCUCGCACGAAAACGUCAGCCCUCAUAAGAAAACAAACACCGCGUCGAGCGACAUCUCACCAGAGGCAGCUUUGCAAUGGAGCGACUCCUUUGAAGAACUGCUAAAACACUCAGAUGGAGUGGAAACCUUCUCUCAGUUCCUCAGGACAGAGUUCAGCGAGGAAAACAUCGAGUUCUGGCUGGCCUGCGAAGAAUACAAGACCAUUGAUUCUGAAACAAAGCUGUUGUCCAAAGCCAAAUAUAUUUAUACAAUUUUCAUCGAAUCGGAGGCCCCCAAAGAGGUCAACAUCGACUACAACACCAAGAUGGCCAUCCAGAAGAGCAUAGCGCAGCCCACCAAGAGCUGCUUCGAAGCGGCCCAGAUGAAAGUCCACAGCCUGAUGAAAAAGGACUCGUACCCCAGGUUCCUGCACUCUGACAUUUAUCUGCGUCUGACCCGGAGGAAAGGUCCCGGAGCCACCAUGUUCCGCCGGAGGUCGCGCUCCUGCGUGUUCAACGAGAGGGGGGAGGCCACGACCGAGCCGUCCGCCUGGUAGCUGGGCGCCGCCGCCAAACGGAUUCGUUUCAGUGCAGCAGAUAAUCUAUGAUUCGCAGCACUGUUGUUGAAAGGGGGAAGAAGUUUAUUAUUCACAGGUUUGCUUCUGCAGAGUGCAUUAUUUUUUCAUAACCACGGUGGUCGCGGUGAAUUAUUCUACAUGCACAACUUCCAGCAAUAAUAAUUUAAAGGUACAUUUUGGGUGAUUUCUUACUGUGUCAUAUGGUGAAUGUGUGGCUAUAGCAGACUGCUGGCUAGCCGUAGCUUAGCACGAAGGCUGAUGGCAGAUGCAAAACAGCGACCUCGGCUCUGUGUGACAAACCAAAGAUCACAAAAAAGAAGAAAAAACCUGCUAAAAAAUGAGACGUGCUGGUGUCACAGGAGAUUCUGGGCUCGACAGUUUUGUGGCAGUAAAUUCCUGCGGUCUUCAUUGGUUGCCUGGCAACCUCCCAGGAACGACACCACCUCAGGAAGUUUAUGUCGCUGUUUUCUUCUUGUUUCCAGCCUUUGUGCUGAGGUAAACUGGCAGGCUGCAGGCGGUGGCUUUAUGUCAUGCAGAUAAGAGAGCGGCAUCCGCAACAUUAACCUUCAGGUGCAGGAAUACAUUUGGAAAGGUUACCUCACGGCCAUGUGGUUAUCUGGAAACGGCGGACGCCCUCUGGCCAAUCACGAUCGAAUAUCCUCUGAGGUCGCGGCAUCAAACCGGUUCGCUCUGCAGAAUGAUCCAUGCCUUCUCGGAGGCGGUGCGCUCGGGGAUCGCUGAUGAUUUCUUAUAUUUUCUCCGAUCUUUCUCUAAAACUUGAGUGACGACGGGAUAGUUUGGCGCCUCCACGCUACCGACAGCAUCCAGCCGGCCGCUCAGGCACCGAGCUCCUGACUUCAGACACUGCUUUGUUUUCCAACCACCUUUUCUUUUACGACGUUAAUACAGCUGAUAGGGCGUGCGGGCUAAUUAAAAUGGAUUCCUGAUUCCUAUCCCUGGCGCUGCCCGGCCUCCUCCAGACUAACUUGAAGCAGCAGCAGCAGCAGCUACACUGCGAAGCACCGAUUUCCGAGGCGUCUCUCAUUUCUCUUAUUAAUUUAAGUAUUUCACCAGCUAAAAAAAAAAAGAAGAAAAAAACAAGAUGCAUGUGUCUUAUUUGAAUACUAAUGUUACUUCCAUUAAUUAUGACUGCUUUCAGGUUGCUGCCGUCUCAUGUAAUUUAUGUAUUUCUGUGAUCGUUUGUGUCGAAAUGUACAUACUUUAAUAUGUGGAAUAAACACUUUCUUACAAAA